UAAAGGGUGCAGUGAGCACAGAGCAUUAAACUUACUUUUCCACAGGAAAGUGCAAUUUAUAAAGUCUGUUAGUGGUAUUAUUUUUAUUAUUACUUUUAAAAGCAAAAACAAAAGGACCGCGAAAAGUUUCUGCUAAAGACGGGGAAGAAGACAUGGAUAGAGAGAGUGAGUAAGGGGAAGAGGGAGAAAAAGGUAGAAAACUAUCCGUCAUGUUAAGAAGGGGCAGCGAUUUCCAAAGCGGAAGUGCGUCCUCCCGAUCUACCAGUUCUCAUUCACCCCCAGACCCCCACACAUGCUGAUCCUCCCCUUGUCUGCCAACUGCAACGAAUGUCACGGUUGUUUUUUUGUAAAUCAAUCUUUUGUCCGUUUACUGACAGGAACACGAGGCGGGGUCAAAGGUACCAAGGAAGACGAGCCCUUCCCCCUUCCUCCACCAUCUGCGGGAUCCGGUCUGGUCACACGACGACGGAGAGUUCUAGGGAGGAGUUCUCGCUGCUUGUGCACAGCUUCGAGCGUGCGCCUGUGGACGAAAGCGGCAGACCUGUGUGGUGUUUCUGAGGCCUCAGCAUCGCAACCGGACCCGGAAUAAUGAACAAUUCAACGUUAAUCAUCGACGAAGAAAUUGAGAGAAGCACUUUACUUAACCUGGGAAUUCUCUUCCUGGUUUUUCUUCUCGGAGCCAUCAUUCGCCACAUCGCGGAGGUGACUCACAUGCCCAUUCCCUACACGGUCUUCAUGUUCGGCCUGGGCAUGGGGGCGGGCACGCUGCCCAUGAAGAAGAUGAUGGAGCUGGGUCCACACGCGAUGCUCAACAUCUUCAUGCCCAUCCUCAUCUUCGAGGGCGCCUUCGCCAUGGACGUAUAUGUCUUUCGCAAGGUCGUCUGGCAGGCCCUGAUACUGGCCGGCCCUGGUCUGGUAUUAAUGAUAGCCAUGACAGCAGGGAUGAUUAAGAUCGUGAUUCAAAGGGAGGAGUGGACGUGGAACAUCUGCUUGCUUUUCGGUGCCAUCUUGUCCGCAACAGACCCGGUUGCCGUGGUGGCCCUGCUCAAAGAAUUAGGGGUGUCCAAACAGUUGAGCCUUCUCAUCGAGGGGGAGUCACUUCUUAACGACGGGACAGCGAUGGUAGCCUUUGCUGUCCUCAUCGACAUCAUCACGGGCAAGACAGACCCUGACGCGAAAACCAUCAUCACCGUUUUUGUGAGAUUCGCCGUGGGGGGUCCUCUCUUUGGAUUUCUCAUCGCGCACAUCAGUAUAUUCUGGCUGUCACGAACGUUCAACGACCCGCUGUCGGAAAUUGCUGUGACGCUGGCAGCCGCUUACAUCACCUUUUACGUAGGGGAAACAAUGCUCCAUGUAUCCGGAGUGCUGGCUCUAGUGGUUUUAGGAAUUACUCUUAGCAGCAACAGGACGUCGAUCAGCCCAGAAGUGGAAAAAUUUUUACACAGUUUCUGGGAAACGCUUGCCUACAUGGCCAAUACCCUCAUCUUCUUCCUCGUUGGACUCAUCAUUGUCCGGUCUGUCAUCAAGAUUGUCGAGCUGUCCGACUUUCUCUACCUCGCUCUCAUCUAUAUCUCAGUGAACGUAAUCAGAGGUCUGGUGCUGACGUUCUUUAGUCCCGUAAUGGCGCACAUAGGCUACGGUCUGCCCUGGCAGUACAUUAUCAUUUCCACCUGGAGCGGUUUGCGAGGAGCAGUGGGUCUGGCACUGGCCCUCAUCGUCUCUGGCAUCAACGACCCGAACAUUCCCAAAGAUGAAGUGGGCUACAAGAUCCUGUUUCACCUGUCGGGAGUAGUUUUUCUUACCUUAAUUCUGAACGCUACGACAGUUUCGAAACUUCUUGCGGUUGCAGGCAUGAGUGGAAUUUCCAAUGCCAGGCGCACCGCCAUGGCAAGUGCUUUGAAGUAUCUGACGGAGGUCAAAGCAAAGACAAUCAGUGUGUGGAGGGUGGACAGGUUUCUGGCUGACGUUGACUGGAACAUGGUGGACAGGAUGUGCCAAAUUGAAAAUCCAUUCAGUGCCGCGACUACGCCAGAGGAGGAAGACAUCAUCAUGAGAACGAGCCGGUGGGGCAUGUGCCCCGCAUGCAAUGCCCUGGUCCCGUAUCAGCCCACACUGAAGGAGAUGACAGAACUACGCAACGACGCCAUACGACGCUACAUCAAGGCUGAAAAGCUGAGUUACUGGCGCCAGUUCGAGCAAGGCAUGCUGUCUCAGGAUGCAGUCCGAAUAUUAAUGGAACUCUGUGAAAUCGCCGCUGACAACAAGGGACGUUUCGUCGACCUGGAGCAGAUUAAAGAGACUUGGAAACAAACUUUCUGGUCGGAAAUGCUGAAUUUCAUAGAGCGCCAGGACAUGACUCGCACUGAAAGCCUCCCGCAAGUGGUGGACGUGGGCGACAUGAGCGUGUCGCCUCUCAAGCUGAAGACCAAGCCCCACAUGCCCUACUCACGACCCGUCGUGGACUUCAAGGACCUCAUCAUCCACCCGCUCUUUGUGGCCGCAGUAGCCUUGAUCCUUUUCCUCGUCCUGGACACCCCGAUGAUCAUCGUGGCGCUGGCGGAGGAGAUGUACGAUGUAGUGGUGCUGAGGAUGCUGUAUGUGCGCUCCGUGUGGUUCGGCCUCAGCGUCGCCUUCAUCGUCAUCGGGCUCAUUGACAUUGUCGUGCUCUUCAAGGUGCCACCCGUCAAGACGGAAAGCGGCCAUCAGCCAACCAUCAUACGAGAAGCCUUCAUAUGCCUGCGCUUCAUCCGCAUCGUGCACAGCUUAGAGGCGAUGGUACCCGUCAUGCCCCUCAUCCUGGAGAGGCUCAUCAAGAAGACGCUAGAAAGCGGAUAUGACGUAGGGCGCGGCUUCGUGCUGGGCGAGGACGAGGCUCGCAAUUUGGUGGACCACAUGUCUGAGUACUCCGAGAUUACCCACAUCCUCCGCAGCCACUGCGACGACGCCAAGCUAGACAUCCUCAAAGCUUUGGGACUUCUUCAGAAACAGUAUCCAGAAGUGGCCAUGAGCGUGAAGACUAGGCAAGCCAUCCGCAGCGUUCUUAAUGAUCUACGCCAGUGCAUCCAUACACUGCAGCAGGAGGGCGUUCUGGAGGAAACAGAGGGCAAGGAACUGGAGAGCACGAUCGAAACAAAGAUGAAGAGACUGCUGACCGCGCCUCCGAAAGUGACCCUACCAUCCAUCUCCAAGAUUCUGCAGAACGUCCCGUGGAUCGAGAACAACACCGAACUGGUUAAAUUUAUUAAGAGCCGCGGAAAGCUCAUCAACUAUGUACACGGACAGACAAUGAUGGAACAAGGAGAGGAGACCAUCGGGAUCCUCAUCAUUCUCUCUGGAAUGGUCAAGCUGGAGCUACAGCUGGACGAGGGCCCCAAGAUCCUAGACUUUCUUACCUCGGGCAACGUGCUGGGGGAGAUAGGGGUGCUGACCAACAAACGGCGAACGGCCACUGUCAAAAGUGAGACUGCCGUACUGGUACUCGAUUUAAAUAAAAAGGACGUGGAGGAAGCGUUCGAGAUUUUCAGUAACAUGAACCCUCCUCUCAAAACCCGCCUCUGGCGACUUAUGGCCAUUCGUCUGUCCACUGGUCUCUUCAUGGACCUGCCGGCCUUCCAGGGUUUGACUAAGGAGCGAAUACGCCUGAAGCUGGAGAGUGGGUAUUCCGAGGUCACUGACCUCAGCGCCGGCUUCACCAUCAACUCUUCUAUGGCUGACGUGGUGCUGAUUCAUGGAAUAGCCCAGGACUCGUUCACUCAGGAGAAAUUUGAGGGGCCCUGCUACAUCCCACUCGGCGUGAUGAAGCUCAAGUUUGAGCCAGAUCAGAUUCCGAAGCCAGUUCUGUUUAUUCUUCCGAGUGACUUGCCUGUGUACGAUUUGGACCCAGACAAGCGUCGCUGGGCCACCAAGAACCAAGUCGGGGGCAAGGGUCACGGUGCAACUUUACAGCCGUCGAAACGCUUGAGUGCAGAACACAGUCGCGCUCGCCAGAGUGUCAUGUGGGCAGGGACUGAGGGCAACAUGAAGUCAACACGAUGGGACUCAGUGCAGGUCAAGACAUCGGCAACCGAGUCGAGAAAAAACCUGAAGGAGGUCAUGUCCAUGGGAAGUGUUUUCCAUGGUUCCCGCGCUCGGAAGAAUAAAGUUACUCCAUCAGGCAACACCUCUACGUCGUUUAUCAGGCGUGACGCAAGUGCUCCCGACAAACACCUGGCGGAUGAUGCUCUCCCCGACACUACUCCCUUGGACCUUCCCAGCAUCUCCGGCAACAGCACAGAUGCGGAGAAAAACAAGACGACAGAGAAAACGAGUGACCGGCAAGACCAAGUCAGAGAACAGACCUCGAGCAAUGAGUUGAAAAAGACCAGCUCUACUCUGCCACCGUCUUUAUCUCUACGUUCAGCUUGGAACCUCCCUCCACUAACGGAAACCUUGUUGUCGCCCAGAGACUCCCACGUUGACGCUGAAGCCCCCCUUCCGACAAAGACGGUUGUGAGCGCCACUCACCACCCAUCCUCAGACACUAGUCUCACACGCAUGCGCCCAAAGACUCCAAGCUACGAACAGCCGGCGUGUUCGUCCAGCGCCAAAUAUUCACUCGAGGAUCGCGCCAAAACCGCCGUCUCCGUCGAAGACAUCCCCGUCAUUUGUACGAAGCAGACGACAUCGGCGACCCCAGUGACGGAAACACGGAGUUCGGAUUCUAUGACGAAGGAGCAGGACAGUCCCCGUGUGAAGGAAGCCGUGCAAGAGCGGAAGGCGAUCUCUGGGGAUCCUAGUUCUACGGUCAGCGUCCAUUCCUCUGUGGCGCCAGAUGUCAAACCAACAGACACCACGUUAGAGAAAUCGGAAGACAGACUUCCGCCAACCGCAGAUACGGAUGACUCGCGCAACCUUAACAAAAAUAAUUCGAGAAUAAAAUCCUCGAGUUCUGUCGUCAAACCUUCACAUAUUCCUGAUGCUAACUCCUGGGGUUCAGAAGAUAAACAUUUGCAAAGCAGAGACGGUCGACCUUUCGUGGAUACCGGCGCUGGAUUGUUACAUAGUUCACAUGCGAAACCCUCGCAAGAGAAGGACGCACGUAUAUCACAGGCCGGGCCUGUAAGCACUUCUACCAUUGGGCUGCCACAGAGGUCAAAUGUCAAAAUUUCACAGUCCGUAGAUUCCACGGUUCCUGAGGCGUCUGGUCUCAAAAUGCCCGACAGCCCAGCUUCUGCUGACGACUGGCAACUCCGACCCAGCGCUACUCACAGCGAAACGCCGCCAGACUCUGAGAGGGCGGAACGCGGUAGCGGCAAGGCGGCACGCGACAACGCGAGCGAGGAACAGGAACCGAGUCACACUUUCCCUCGUCAACCAGGCGUGUCCUUCAACAAACAAGGUUCCUCGAUGGCCAGAUCUCUGCCUGGCGAGCUGUGCGCCGAGUGUGGCCACGUUCACCCACCGGGGAAAGAUUGCAUUUUGGACCCUGACAACCUUUAGGCUGCUCUUACUGGGCGGCGGUUUCGCGGAGUCCGCCACCUUCUAGCCUUCGUGGACGAUUUUAACCAAAGACGAUGCAUGAGGUGCAUUGGGUGAGGGUAGGAGGAACGCUGUUCUGUAUAAUCUAUUUUCUGGAUGAGCAUUGCGAUGAGGCAUACAGACGAUUCUGUUCUCUGUGAUGAGACUAAGAGAUCCAACAGCGUGUAGAUAAAACGUUUGACGACGUGGGAGGUCCGGGAUGAGGCGAUCGUGUGCACUCUCCCGAGACAUGCCAAGGCAAGGAACGUACACAUAGCAGGCAGAUGUUAGUGGUUAAUAGAUGUCAUUUCAUUGAUGUUACAAUUUUGUAUGGUGUUUACAGCUUUAAAUAAUAUACGGCAGAGGAUUUUUCUGCAGAGUAAUUUUAACGAAAAUAUUGUAAUAGAAUUAUGACAUGGAAGUAUUUUUUCAUAGCACAAGAUGUGCUCAAUAAAACUGAUAAUUUUUCUGUGGAA